CUGAUCGUUGCUGCUCCUCCAGGGAAAUCCCUGCGCUGUUCAUUCUCAUUCAAAAAACAGAAGAAAAGGAAGGAAGAACAGCAGGGAAACGGCUCUAGGGUUUGGAUGGAUUCAAAUCCAGUGGAGUUAUGCGAAGAAGAAGAAGAAAAGGCCUUGUUCGUGGACAGUAAUCUUGGCACUUACCUCGCCAUCUCUGUUCCUCCUGACUUCACUGUCGCUCUUCUCAAAGGUAAACUUGCCUAUGAGCAUUUCCUUUGUUUCCCAGAUUUUGGAGAAAUCAAGGUCCAGAAAGUCAUGGUAAAACAAAAAUCUGUUCUUUAUCAACUUCCAGAUUCCAUGGUCAUAAAAUGUGCCUUUCAUGGCUUGUCAAAAAGUUGGUUCAUUCACAUGGAAACAACAAAUUCCCUCAAAAUGAAGGCGGUAACAGAGACUAGGAAUUUGGCAUCUGAUAUAGAGAAGGAAAGAGAUAACUAUGCUGCUGGUGAAGGUCUGAAAGAAAGUGCGGUGGAUAAAAUGGCUACUAGCGCCAAAGGUCCUAACUUAUCUAAAUCGCUUUCUGAUUUGAAUCUCAAUAAACAUGAAACAGCAAACUCCCUCAAAAUGAAAGCCUUAACAGAGACAAGGGAUUUGGCUUCUGAUGUACAGAAAGGAAGAGAUCAGUAUGCUGCUGGUGAAGGUCUGAAAGAAAGUGUGGUGGAUAAAGUGGCUACUAUUGCCAAAAGACCCAACUUAUCUGAAUCACUUUCUGGUUUGAAUCUCAACAACGAUGAAGCAAUGAAUUCCCGCAAAAUGAAAGUGGUAACAGAGAUAAGAUAUUUGCCAUCUGAUGCAGCGAAAGGAAGAGAUCAAUAUGCUGCUGGUGAAGGUCUGAAAGAAAGUAUGGUGGAUAAAGUGGCUACUAGUGCCAAAGGGCCUAACUUAUCUGAAGCACUUUCUGGUUUGAAUCUCAAUAAAAAUGAGCAUUCUUCUGAAGAGGCCGAAAACGAUGAUAACAAUCCCAAAUUUGAUGUUUCAGACAGAAAUGGGAUGCUUGUAACUGAAGAGACAUCUGUUACAGACAUCAUUUUCAGAUACUUUUGUGAAUCUGAUGAAAUGAGCGCUUGUAGUUGCCGUCCUGGAAGUGCUGCAAAAUUCAAUAAAAGUGCAAAGGCAAGAAAGAGAUCAAAUGAUGAGGAUGUGUGCUCCUCAAAUGCUGCGGACUUAAAUGCUGAACAGUUAAAGCAUGGCUCUUUGCGUGUCAAGAAAAGAUCUUAUAUUCCAAGGAAAAGAAAGAAAUUUUCAAGCUCUGUGGUCAUGAACAAGCACAAAACCAAUCGAAACGGAGCAAUCGUCAAUUCCAAAGCAACUUCCACUCAAAGAAUAUCUUCUCUUCAUUCACCUUUUGGCAAACAUAUCAAUGCUUUGAGCAGAAACAGAGACGCAAGUGAAGUUGGCAAACGCCUUGUGCAAGCAGCGAGUAAUAUUGGACUUUCUGCACAUCCGAGCCAAUCCCCGAUCUCUUUGUUAAUCCAGAAGCGCACACGAUCUAUACCAUGCAAAUCCGCACCAUCCGUGAGACACCUUGUCUUUGAAAUUGAUGAUAAUAAUGAGGUCGAAGAUCAUGUCUGAAUAUUGUAACUGCCCAUUUUGAGUGUCGAUGAUUUAUAAGCUAUCAAAAACAGGAAGAUGAGGCUGCACUUUUCAGCCACAAUGCUAUAUAAGUGGUGACUAAUAACCUUUCAUUUUUCU